UAUUAUUACAUCCCUAUCGAUUAGUGCAAGUUGUUUGAGAAUGGCAUGGUCUUUUAGUAGAUAUGCUAAAAAUUUUGCUGUAAUUGGGAUAACCAUUUUUAUAUUGGAUUACAUUGGAAUCUUCAAACAUUAUCACGAGUUAGAUUAUGAGCGAUAUUUUGAUUACCCAACUGGUCUACCCAGUGAUUAUAAUUAUACAUUUAUCCAUAACCCUUCAGAAAAAUGCAGAAUACCACCCAAGUUAAUAAUAAUUGUAAAGUCUGCUGCUGAAAACGUUUAUCGGCGUGAUAUUAUUCGUCGCACUUGGGGUUAUGAGCACCGCUUCUCUGAUGUGGAAAUAAGAUGUGUAUUUUUACUUGGGGUUAGUGAAGAUGAGAAAAUUAAUAGUAUUUCAAAAAAUGAGUCUUCGAAAUUUAAUGAUAUAGUUCAGAUUGACUUCAUUGAUGCUUAUUUUAACAAUACCAUAAAAACGUUUAUGGGUAUGAAAUGGGCUCUUAGCUUUUGCAAUAGUGAGUUUUUCUUUUUUGUGGAUGAUGACUAUUAUGUGUCAAUAAAAAAUUUGUUAAAAUAUAUUUCCAAUCCUGACUUGUAUCCGAAAGCUGUUACGAACAGUCGCAUCACAGAAAAUGAAAAAAAUGAAUUAUUUUCUGGCUUUGUAUUGCAAACACCACCUCAUAGACAUAAAUUCAGUAAGUGGUACGUAUCUCUAAGAGAAUAUCCGUUUGAUUUGUGGCCUCCCUAUAUAACUGCAGGUGCGUUUGUCUUAAAACGAAAUACUCUAUUUAAGUUGUUUAGUGCUAGCAGCCAUUUGAAAAAAUUUAGGUUCGAUGAUAUUUUCUUAGGAAUAGCAGCACUAAAAGCUAAUUUAACUCUUAAACACUGUGAAAUGUUUUAUUUCAAUAAGCCAAAAUACAAAGGAACCGCAAGUUUCCAAUACAUUGUUGCAUCCCAUGGAUUUCAAAAUAGCAAGGAAUUGGAAACCAUUUGGAAUGAAUGCCGAUCAGCUGGUUUUGCAUGACUAAUAUGCAAGCCUUAAAUAUAAAUAUUAUCAAUAUGUUGCAGUAGUGUGUUUUGUAUGUAUGUUAGUA